AUGAACACAACGAGUCCUACAUUGCAGUGGUUUGAUGGAAGUGAAGUAGUCUUUCAGGCAUUCUCUGAAGCUAUCUCGCCAGAGGACAACGUCUCCGGACAAUGUGGGUUCAUGGAUCCAGCGAAUUGUUACCAGUGGCGAAUGGAAGAGUGUUCUACUCGGGCACAUUAUCAUUUAUGUGAAGCAGAUUUCAAUGAAUGCUUGGAUACCAGAAGCCAUGACUGCGCCGAGAUUUGUGUCAAUAUGCAACACACUUUCUACUGUAAAUGUCCACGAGGUAUGAGAAUGACCACAGAUAUGCAAUGCCAGGAUCUGUGCGAAGUUAUAAACUCAACUUCGGCUUCAUUAGAUGGUGGUACAGUUCCCGUAUGUGUCUAUAUCGGGAGAACCAAUUGGGAGCGAGCUACUCGAGAAUGCUCCCAGAAACACCUUGGUAGAUUUGCCACACCAGAAGAGCUUUUUACCUAUUCAGAUUCGCUCGAUGAAGAAUUGUGGUGGACGAUCGAAGAGGGAACCAGAAGGAAAUGUAUCUCAUUCAAUCUAUUAUCGCGUGAAGCAGAUCAGGUGGAUUGUGAAAUGGAGUUGAAUUUUGUAUGUGUCACAGAAUAUCACUACAUCCAGCUUGAGGAUGAGGAUUUAACAUCACUGAAUGACAACUUCACGGCAUCACUAGGGUACAUAGGAUUCUCAGCCCACUUAAACACUGUCGCCUAUGACCAGAGUUUUUACGUGCAAGUUGACGAUUCAUUAAAUCUAAGAUUGACGUUCAGUUUCGUUUCCCUCCGGGAGCAAACGGAUGGCGACGGGGACUGUUUAGAUUAUGUUUCCGGGGAAGACCUUGUGCAAACCAAUGCUGAGUCUCUCAAGAUUUGUGGCAACUACAAUGAUAUAAUGUUCUUCAUGUCCCAUCACAUCAGGAUCGACGUGUUUGCACAGUCCAUCUUCUCGCUCAUACAAUUCUCAAUGAUAUAUGAAGCUAUAGAUUGUAAAGCAGAACAGUUCGGCUGUGAGAGUGGAUGUGGAAUGACUGAGCUGAUUUACGACGGAACUUAUCUCGGAACACGACCGUUUCCUUCAUCCUUUAUACCGUUUAGUUCCUGUGAAACCAACGUUACCGUCCCAGACCAAUCCUUCAUUCAGAUAACCAUCGACAACUAUGCGUUUGCCUUAGGUUCUGAUGGAGUAUGCCAGGACAGAGUGACUCUAACCUCACCAGAUCAUACUCUCACCUUCUCGUGCGAUGCUUCACGCAUUCCACACCUCAUCCUCACCAAUUCCUCCACUAUGACGGUUGCUAUAGAUACGGGAAGAGAAUCUAUGUCAGAGGGACUACAGGCACGUGUAAAUGCCUCGGAUGUUGCAGGCUGUGCAGUGGGGACGGAUUUGGAAAGCCCAAACCACCAGUGUCUAUUCUCACCAGGAAUAAUCGCAAGCAGACUCUACCCAAAAUACAUUGCCGUAGGACCGAAAGAGACAUGGCUCCUUCAAGCUCCUUCGAAUGCAUUCAUCGAACUCAUCUUCGAUGUCCUACGUCUCUCUGAUGAAGGAGAUUGUAGCACUUCUUUCAUCAAGGUCAUUGCUAGCGAGACGCCAUCCAUAUCGAUUGCGUCGUUCUGCAGCGGGGACGACGGAAUCUACGAUGGGAUGGAGGUCGACACCGAUGUCGAUUCGGUCAAGGUUGAGGUAGUGACAUCUCAAGCUGAGACUGUGAAAUUUCUUGCUCAUUAUCACUUUGUGCGGGUGGAAGAAGAUGAAGAAAAUUGGGAAGCUCCUGAUAUAACAGAUGAGGAUAGCAUGUGCCCUGAGGGAUGGGUGCUGUACAGAGGACACUGCUACCUCUUUGCCCAGGUACACAAUAGUACAUGGGCGGAGGCGGAAGAAUAUUGCACUCAUCAGCCCAGUGAGUUGUCCGACGACACACAUAUGGUUAGCAUCUUGGAUGAGAAGGAAGCAAGAUUCAUUCAUGGUCAACUCGUCCUGCAGUGGUCAUAUCUGGGACAAAGAAUUUAUAUCGGUCUUGGUGAACGAAAUUCUGCGAGUAUGUUUCGUUGGACGAAUGGAUCACCCAUGACCUACACUGACUGGUUCUCCCCUAGGAGUUACGAAGAAGACAAGGAGGAAAAGGAGAAACAGCCGGAUGGAGGAUCAAUCGAGAAGUGUACCGUCAUAGAUCUGACCAGGAUUCGAUUCAGUAGUCUUUGGCAUGAUAUACCCUGUGCAUCAGAUAGUGCAGAUGCUGUCAUAUGCAAGAUGGAAAUGAGCACCUUGACCAGAUCAACAGGCCGAAAACGUCGCCAAACAUCUGAGCUCGUGUUGUUCAGUGCUCCAUUAAUGGCGCCUAACUGUUCCUACAACACUUUUGAGUGCAGGUCUGGUGAGUGUGUACAACGUGUUUUUCAGUACGAUGAGACCCCUCAUUGUUACGAUGGAUCGGACGAAGAAGAAUCCUUUGACGGAUAUGUUGAAGACUGUGUGACAGACCAGUUCAAGUGUCUCAAUGGUGGACAGUGCAUCUCAAUAUCUUUUGUCUGCGAUCACAUCAGUGACUGCAGAGACGGCUCCGAUGAAUUUGAUUGUAUCUUCCCGAGUGAAUGCAGAGAUGGCGAAUUCUUUUGCGGUGAUGUUGAAAAGUGUAUCGAUACCAGGAAGAGGUGUAACUUGAUAGUAGACUGUCCGACUGCAGAAGGAGGAGACGAGCUGCAUUGCCAAGAUAAAUAUGAAGAGAAGGGGAACGUCCAGUGCUAUAGCGGAACAUGGCUACCUUCGUAUGCUAAAUGCGAUGGACUGGUGGAUUGCAUAGGCAAUGGUUUUGAAGAUGAAACGGAUUGUGGUGACGUUCCUUGUAAUGAACCGGAUGAAUUCCGCUGUUUAAGUGGGGUAUGCAUUACUACAUCCCACAAAUGUAUAUUUGAUUUGGAUGAGCUAGGCUAUGUGAAAGGAUGCCGUGAUGUAUCACAUCUCCGGGACAGUGUAUGUGCCAAUUUCGAAUGCCCAGCCUAUCACUACAAGUGUCCAUCAUCCUACUGCAUUCCUCUGCGAUAUAGGUGUGAUUCUAUCAACCAAUGUCCAUACGGUGAAGAUGAGGCAGGAUGUGGAGACUUCAACUUUGGAUAUCCUGCGCCAUGCCCCUCCCGCUCCUACAAGUGUCGGACUUACAAUAAGUGUGUGGCUCCAUCUGAGAUGUGUGACGGUAUCAAGCAUUGUCUUGAUGGAGAUGAUGAGCUCUUCUGUGAUGUUGUAUGCCCCAGUGAGUGUGAAUGUACUGGUCUCACCAUGAGGUGCAAUUUUGUAUCAACUAACGGACAUGUAAGGUUUCCACACAACACCAGAAAGAUUGUCAUCUCACUCAACUAUGAUGUUCAGUUAGAACUAAGGGCGGAAUCCAAUUCAAGGAUCUUCACUCGAAGCAUGAAUGAAACUGGUGAUAAUCGUGCCAAAACUGUGUCUUUCUGGCCUUCAGACUAUAUUUACUUGGUUGAAUUAGACAUAUCUGACACCGAUUUGAGGGAGAUACCAGAAAAAGCCUUUCUGGAGACAAGGAAUUUGCGUAAUCUGAACGUCUCGAUGAACUCAGUGUUAGCUAUUGAAGCAGCAGUGUUACAGAAUCUUACAAGACUAUCCGUGUUUGACAUUUUUGGAAUCAACAUCAAAUCAAGUAAUGCAGAAGUCGCCGAGGCAUUUAAGACGCUUGUUAAUCUGAAAAGAUUAAGAACCGAUGAGUUUGGCUUUUGUUGUCUCGCAAAAACUGCCUCAUGUGAGGGAUACACGAACCGGUUUUCAUCAUGUGCUGAUCUUCUUAAAGACGUUUCACUUCGGGCAUUCAUGUGGAUCUUGGGUCUUAGUGCUUUGGUCGGAAACGCCUUGGCCUUAGGUGCUCGCUUCGUCCGACGAAAACAAGCUGGUCAAAAUCGCAUCCAGGUGAUGUUCAUCACACACCUUGCUAUCUCUGAUCUACUGAUGGGUCUCUACAUGAUGAUAAUAGCGGGUGCAGAUUCACACUAUCGAGGCAAAUACGCGCUUCAUGCCCAAGUAUGGACAAGCAGCGUCACAUGUAAGAUGGCUGGAUUUCUCUCUGUACUAUCAAGCGAGGUGUCCGUCCUGCUCGUCAUGCUCAUCAGCAUUGAUCGUUUCCUCUCUGUCGUGUUCCCGCUCAAAAACGAACUCCAUCUCACUCUCCGGUCAGCUUACAUCCUGGUCAUCACAUCAUGGACCUUUUCGCUGCUCCUCAGUAUAAUUCCAGCACUGCCUGUAGAAUACUUUAGCGAAUUCUACGGAAAGUCCAGCGUUUGCCUAGCACUUCCUCUAACCAGCGAUCGUCUAGCAGGAUCAGGAUGGGAAUACUCGAUUGUUGUCUUCAUCUGUACAAAUUUCAUCUGCUUCAUGUUGACAUUCCUCUGUUACUUCGUCAUCUAUAUCAGUGUCAGGAGGUCGCACUUGAGAAUCAAAAGUUUAGGGGCUGCUAGCAACUCCAUGAUGAAGGAACAGAUGCAGUUGACAACUAAGAUGGCGCUGGUUGUUGGAACAGACUUUGUGUGCUGGAUGCCUAUCAUUAUCAUGGGCGUUCUGGCUAGUUCUAAUCUGGUUCAGAUCCCAGCUGACAUCUAUGCCUGGACAGCUGUCUUCAUCCUACCCCUCAACUCCGCACUCAACCCGUAUCUCUACACACUCUCAACAGUCCUUCAAAGGCGACGCAAGGCCAGGGAGAAUACUGAUUCGAUGAGUCUUACACAGACCACAAAGUACGGCGUUGUGCUAACACAAAGAGAAGAACGUCUCCUAGAUUACUGCAUCAUCCCACAUACUUCUUUGAAGCAGCACAAACGUAUCGAACCCAUUACUACGUUCUUCACGAGUUCUGGAGGAAAUCUGGAUGAGAGACAGGAAAGGUUGAUGGUUCGGGACCUCCGUAGAGCUCUGUGUCACCUCAGAACGCUUGGUGCCGAUGAUAGAGAACUUAUUGCAGCCAACGUAGUCGUUGAAAGGGACCACAACGGUGCUGUGGUUCGAGCUUUGUUUGUGAUGACCAAUCCUCUUGACAUCAGUAGGUUUGUUGGACCCAGUGGCUCGAAUGGUAUACAGACCAAACUAAGUGCUCUCUUUGACCAGAUCCAGGACCCACUGAUGACGCCCGUUAAGAAAUUCCAUGACCCAACUGCUGAAUCGUUUGCAUAUGAAAAGAUGGAUGAAGGCCUACCGGGAAUUUAGAUUAAGGAGGUGUUCUUUGUAUGUUUUGACGUGAUUUGAUGGAAUAGGGAAGAUAUAGAGAAAUAUUAGAUAUGCUGAUAACACUGUUUUAUUUUCUGAAUUAGAGAAAGAUCUCCAGAGUCUCCUGAAUGUAGUUGUAAAAGAAAGUGAGAGAAUGGGACUAGAGAUCAACUAUACAAAGACAAAGUGCCUGGUGGUCUCUAAGAAGAGCAGUCCAAAAUGUAACUUGAAACUGAAAGAACAGAUUAUUAAACAAGUCUCCUCAUUUAACUACCUCGGCAGCAUGAUCACCGAGAAUGCCAGAUGUGAGACAGAGAUCAAGAGAAGGAUAGAUCUCGCUAAAUCUUCAUUUUCAAAGCUAGGCAAAAUUCUGACAAAUCGAACAAUGAGUAUGAGGACCAGAAUAGGAGUAUUGAAUUGUUAUAUCUUCCCAGUACUUAUGUAUGGUAGUGAAACGUGGACUUUAGCCUCUGAUACUAAAAAGCGUUUGGAAAGUUGCGAAAUGUGGUUCUUAAGAAGAAUGAUGAAAAUCCCCUGGACUGACAGAGUUAGUAAUGAGGAAGUUCUUACACAAGCUGUAGUGCAAAGGAAAACGAUACGUGAGAUGUUGAUUAGGCAGUUGAAGUUCAUGGGUCACAUUACACGUAAAGAAGGCCUAGAGAAUCUUGCUUUGAAAGGGAAA